CGACGCCUUUCUUUAUCUCCUCCUCUUCUUCUCCUCGACGCCCUCCUUUAUCUCUUUCUCCUCCUCCCCUGAAUGCCUUUUUUAUCUCCUUGUCUUCCUCCGCCCCACUCCCGCCGGCCGCCCACCUUUCCUCUCUCAAUUUCUUCGCGUGCAUAUAUCUAGAGCGCGUUUUUCCAUUUCCUGUCCAAUCCCCCGCUAACCGUGCACCACUUUCGCAGACAGAAAUUCAUCCACCGUACAAUCGCCGCCAUGUCUAAGAGACUAGCGUCGGAAGACCCGGCAGACCAGGAUAACAGGAAGCCCAAGCGUCCGUGCCGAAGGGCGAAGAGUCCGCAGGUCGGCUCUAUCUAUGCCAUCCUUCGCCGCCAUGGCGGCCGUGCGUUGCACGUCGACCCCCUAUUUUGGGUUGACCUUCAUACCGAGCUGCUCGGCUUUCGAUUUUUGCAGCUGCCCCCUCAGACGUUGCCCGUUCCCUCACCGUCGGGCGGUGCCCCGCUGCAAUCUAAGACGCCGCAAGCGGCCAUCCGCAUCAGCCAGACCCUCAACUGCUUACUAUACGACACCAAUCAUCUCUUAAAGCCUCAAUGGAUGACGCAGAUUUUGAGAACGUUCUACCCGACUCGUUUCACCGCGGUAUCGUCCGAAUGGCCCCUGCAUUUUGGCGCGCGUUCUUAUCCCAAGGCCGUCAUUUGCGAUCUUGCCUUAGCUCUCUCGUCAGACCAGGACGUGCUCCGACAAACAGUUGGUAAGACCAAGGCGGUCUUCUCUGCGCCGGUGCUGGCAUAUAUCAACCUCACCUUCCUUUCCAAGGUGCGACAAAAUGCUCUCCACGUCCCGCAACAUCCAGACCCAAAGCGUCGCAACACGCCGGUUAUCAGACUGAACGAGCUUCACGCCAGAAAACGGGAGCCGGCUGACCCUUUUGAAGAUGCCUACCUCGUCGCCAUUAUGAUUGCCAUGGCUCAGCAGCGUGUCGACGCGGAGACGGCCAAGCUGAAGGCGACAGGCGCAAGUAACGUCGGACUCGUACUGAGUGAUAUCCCAGUCAGCGUCAUGACUAUUUCAGACGACGACACCUGUUUCGUCAUCUACAAGGCCACCGUGUCAAAGACACUGCUCGAAAUGUUCAACGAGCCGGGUAAGGCACCACAAGGCAGUACCCAGACGACGAUCGAAUACGUCCAAGUUCCUAUAUGGCCCCUCCUGGGCCUGAAGGAAAGGUUGGGUCUGGCUUUGGGCAAGAGCGUCGUCGGGGACUUUGACGAAAACACAAUACAGACAUUCGACGAUGUCGAUUCUGAUGAUACCGACAGGGCGGCUACCUUGCCUAGGCAGACAAGGCAGCUCAGCGAGACCCCCUCUCCGCAGCCUCGCGACAAAGAAGAUGGACCCCACCAGAAUGUCGCCAAGGUGCCUUCGCCAAAGCGCCCCCGAGAGGAUUUCCAUCCGGCUCUCGAUUCGAGCUUCUACGAGGGUCGCGAGCCAGAGAGCCUAAGCGACGGACCGCGAAAGCGUAGGCGCCUAGAGGAAGCUAGGAUUGGUGUUCGACGAGCUCAUGCUCGGCUCGGCCGCUAGUCAGAAAUCGAUUUGCGCUACUGAGAUGCGGACACGGGGAUGAAAGAGCAGGCAGUGCCGCCAUCGGAAAGAGGAGGAGGAGGAGGAGAUGUCGAUAAUAAUGAUGCAAAUGCCAGUGCGAACAUUAUCCCGUCUUUAUCGCCCGAAAUUUACGGUUGCCCUGUGGCAAAGGAAAGUACAUUAAAGAUUAGCUCCGAAAUAAGAGCAGGAUUGGCCCCCGCCCCCUCAGCCUGGCAG